CCCUUUUUCCCUCAGUAUGCUGCUUGGAGAUGACCUCCAAAAGGAAGCUGAUCGGCCGCCUGGUGCCGUGCCGGUGUUUCCGCGGGGAGGAGGAGAUCGUCUCCGUGCUGGAUUAUUCCCACUGUGGCCUGCAGCAGGUGCCAAAGGAGGUUUUCAACUUCGAGCGGACCCUGGAGGAGCUUUACCUCGAUGCCAACCAGAUCGAGGAGCUUCCCAAGCAACUGUUCAACUGCCAGGCCCUGCGGAAGCUGAGCAUUCCCGACAACGACCUCUCCAGCCUCCCCACCUCCAUCGCCAGCCUGGUCAACCUCCGCGAGCUCGACAUCAGCAAGAACGGUGAGCGCUCCCAAUCCCAAGGAUCCCUAAAAAAACCCUGGCUGUUGGGGUCAGAGAUGCAAGCCCCACAAAAACUGGAAUCUGAAUUGUUUUACAUCAACCAGAUUUCUCCAAAUGAAAUCAUUUCAAACCAUUCUGAUGGAUUCUUUAAUUUAAAUGCAUUCAUUAUUUUCUCUCCUCUUUCCAGACUUGUUAAAUUGCGAAUUUUGGAGUUAAGAGAAAACCACUUGAAAACUCUACCAAAGUCAAUGCACAAACUGACUCAGCUGGAGAGGCUCGAUCUGGGCAAUAAUGAGUUCUCUGAGCUGCCUGAGGUUCUUGAACAAAUCCAGAAUCUGAAGGAGCUGUGGAUGGACAAUAAUUCCUUGCAAGUGCUACCUGGGUCUAUAGGGAAGUUAAAACAGCUCGUGUACCUGGAUGUGUCCAAAAACAGGAUCGAGACAGUGGACCUGGACAUCUCGGGCUGUGAGGGGCUCGAGGAUCUGCUCCUCUCAUCCAACAUGCUGCAGCAGCUGCCAGAUUCCAUAGGAUUGUUGAAGAGACUGACAACUCUGAAAGUGGAUGACAACCAGCUCACCAUCCUGCCCAAUGCCAUUGGAAACUUGUCCCUGCUGGAGGAAUUCGACUGCAGCUGCAAUGAGCUGGAGUCUCUGCCCUCCACCAUCGGGUACCUGCACAACCUGCGCACCCUGGCCGUGGACGAGAACUUCCUCCCGGAGCUGCCCAGAGAGAUUGGGAGCUGUAAGAACGUGACUGUGAUGUCCCUGCGCUCCAACAAACUGGAAUUUCUUCCUGAUGAGAUUGGCCAGAUGCAGAAGCUGAGGGUGUUAAAUCUGAGUGAUAACAGACUGAAGAAUUUGCCCUUCACUUUCACCAAACUCAAGGAGCUGGCAGCCCUGUGGCUUUCUGACAACCAGUCCAAGGCUCUGAUCCCGCUGCAGACGGAGGCGCAUCCCGAGACCAAGCAGCGAGUGCUCACCAACUACAUGUUCCCCCAGCAGCCCCGCAGCGACGAAGAUUUCCAGUCAGACAGCGACAGCUUUAACCCCACUCUGUGGGAGGAGCAGAGGCAGCAGAGAAUGACUGUGGCCUUUGAAUUCGAGGACAAGAAGGAAGAGGAGGAAAAUCCAGGGAAAGUCAAGGUUGAGAUAAACCUCAAGCGUUACCCCACUCCAUACCCCGAGGAUUUAAAGAACAUGGUGAAAUCUGUGCAAAACCUGGUGAGCAAACCCAGCCUGGGAGUGCGGCCCGAGAACUCGGCCCCGGCUGCCAACAGUGACCCCACGGGGAAGGACAAGUACGAGCACAAGUGGCCCCUGACCCCCAAGGAGAUCUCAGUGGAGGAUGCCUUUGGACAUCCUGGCAGUGAGAUGAGGAUAGGGGAGCUCCGUCCUUCCAUCCCUGAGACGCCGCUCUACCCCCCCAAACUCAUCCUGCUGGGUAAAGACAAGAAAGAGUCGACAGAUGAGUCUGAAGCAGAUAAGAUCCAUUGUCUGAAUAACAGCGUUUCCUCAGGCACUUACUCAGACUAUUCCCCUUCCCAGGCUUCCUCAGGGUCCUCCAACGCGCACGUAAAAAUGGGCUCCCUGCAGACCACGGCUAAAGAAGCAGUGAAUAACUCUUUGUGGGGGAACAGGCUGGCCCAGUCGUUCCCACAGCCCCUGGAGACCAAGCCAUUGCUGAGCCAGCGGGAAGCGGCUCCGGCCGGGAACGUCCCGGCGCGCCCGGAGCGGCGCCCGCUGAGCGACGCCUUCGCCGACAGCUGGAACGACGGCUCCCACUACGACAACACGGGGUUCGUGGCCGAGGAGAGCGCGGCAGAGAACGCCAGCACCAACCCCCUGCUGAGCACCAAAUCCAGGAGCUCCUCCGCGCACGGGCGCCGGCCGCUGAUCCGGCAGGACAGGAUCGUGGGGAUCCCCCUGGAGCUGGAGCAGCCCGCGCUCAGAAACACACACGACUCUGAAGUGCCUCCUCCCAAUCCUUGGCAAAAUUGGACCAGAACCCCCAGUCCUUUUGAAGACAGGACAGCUUUUCCUUCCAAACUGGAAAGCACCCCCAACACCAGCCCUUUGCCCGAGCGGAAAGAUCACGUCAAGGAGUCUCCCGAAAUGACGAGCACUUUCACUCCAGGAAUUCCGUGGGAAUAUCACGACUCCAACGCUAACAGGAGCCUCACAAAUGUCUUUUCCCACAUGCACUGUCGCCCGGACCCUUCCAAAAACGUCAUCUCCAUCAGCAAGAGCACGGAGCGGCUCUCCCCGAUGAUGAGGGAUUUAAAAACGAACAAGUUUAAGAAGUCGCAGAGCAUCGACGAGAUCGACAUCGGUGCGUACAAGGUGUACAACAUCCCCCUGGAAAACUAUGCAUCCGGGAAUGACACCGUGGGCCCCCACGAGAGGGUGGACAAGCUGCUGGGCCCGGAGCACGGCGUGCUGAGCAUGUCCCGCAGCCAGUCCGUGCCCAUGCUGGACGACGAGCUGCUGACCUACGGCAGCGUCAAGGUGCAGCCGCAGCACAAGGCGUCGGUCACCAAGAAAGUUUAUCAGUUCGACCAAAGCUUCAACCCCCAGGGCGCCGUGGAGCUGCCGGCCGACAAGCGGCUCCUGCCGCCCUUCCAGCUCAACGCCGAGUACCUGCCCCAGCCGGCCAAGAGCCUGCCCCAGGAGCUGGUGAGCCCACGGGGCUACCGGGGCUACGCGCCCGUGGAGCCCAUGUUCUCCUUCUCGCAGCCCUCGGUCGGCGAGGAGCCGCCGGCCGCCCCCUUCCCCGGCCCGGCCACGCGGCCCGGCUUCCUGCGCAGGGCGGAUUCGCUGGUCAGCUCGGCGGAGAUGUCGGUGUUCCGCAGGGUGGGCGAGCCCCAGGAGCUGCCCCCGGCGGACAGGUACGGCCGGGCCCCGUUCCGCGGCGCCCCGGAGCGCCAGGGCAGCAUGGCCGUGCCCGAGGCCCAGUUCCUCAAGCGCAACGGGCGCUACGAAGACGAGCACCCUUCCUACCAGGAGGUGAAAGCCCAGACUGGGAGCUUCCCAGUUAAAAACCUCACGCAAAGGAGGCCCCUGUCAGCACGAAGCUACAGCACAGAGAGCUACGGCACGGCCCAAACGCGGCCGGUCUCAGCGAGGCCCACCAUGGCAGCUCUGCUGGAAAAGAUUCCGUCAGACUAUAACUUGGGUAACUAUGGCGACAAGCCUUCCGAUAGCAGUGAUAUAAAGCCGAGGCCUCCCCCUGGGAAGGGAAAUGAGAGCUGUGCUAAAAUGCCCGCUGACUGGAGACAACAGCUACUUAGACAUAUAGAAGCUAGAAGGUUAGACAGGACCCCGUCGCAGCAGAGCAGCCUCCUGGACAACGGGCAGGACGAGGUGGCCGUGGGCAGCCCCUGGACCCCGUACCCGCUGGGCCGGCGGGACGUGCCCCCCGACACCGUCACCAAGAAGGCAGGUAGCCACAUCCAGACGCUGAUGGGAUCGCAGAGCCUGCAGCACCGGAGCCGGGAGCAGCAGUACGAGGGCAGCAUGAACAAGGUCACCAUCCAGCAGUACCAGCCACCCCUGCCCAUCCAGAUCCCGUCAUCCCAGAGCUCCCGGGCCCCCCAGCCCCAGCGGUGCCUCAUCCAGACCAAGGGCCAGCGCAGCACGGACGCCUACCAGGAGCAGUUUUGUGUGAGGAUAGAGAAGAAUCCUGGCCUUGGGUUUAGUAUCAGUGGUGGAAUAAGUGGACAAGGAAAUCCAUUCAAACCUUCUGAUAAGGGUAUCUUUGUUACUAGGGUUCAGCCUGACGGCCCCGCCUCCAGCCUGCUCCAGCCCGGAGACAAAAUCCUCCAGGCCAAUGGACACAGCUUUGUACACCUGGAACACGAGAAGGCUGUGCUCCUACUGAAGAGUUUCCAGAACACAGUAGACUUAGUUAUCCAACGUGAGCUUACUGUCUAAAUAUUUUUUUAUAAAUAGUAAAUAUGUCUAGCCAGAUCUAAUGUUCAAACAGAUUUAUACAUAGGAAACCAAUUUUUUGCCAAUUGCUGGACCAAUGGCAAACAGUAGUGCCAAAUGUAUAAUACUCUAUGUUAGUACCAAUCAUUGGGAGAAAAUAUAAGAAUUAACUCUAUAAA